CAUUGGUAACAUGAGUGACAGCGAUAAAAGGUGAGGAGGACGCCAAAAAAGUAAAUAUAUGAUAUCUGGCUGAAUACAGACGGUUCACUUUAUUAACACGUCUCUUUAGUUUUGUGAACUGGACCAUUCGGAGGAAAUCGUUUGAAACAUUAAAAGAAAAAUAUCUGGUUACAUAUCUUUGUUUACAUCCUGUGGCACGUGUUUUACUUUUUGUUGUUUUUGUUUUUGUCAAGUGACAGCAACGUUUUUCGUUCGUCGUCGACAUUGUCUUCAAUAAUAAUGCUAACGCUGUGUGAGGAUUCUACAAUUGGACUUUAAAAUGGGAUUCACCGCGUCCAGUGAAGGUUUUGUGGCGCUGCGUGUGUGCUUGCCUCGGUAAUUCAACCUCCCAAGCCAGCCUGGAUAGGACACGCACAAGGGACCUCAUGGAGUCUGUUGGGAAGUUUGAGUUCAGCAGGAAAGACCUGAUUGGUCACGGUGCCUUUGCGGUUGUGUUCAAAGGACGACAUAAGGAGAAACAUGAGUGGGAAGUGGCUGUCAAGUGCAUCAACAAGAAAAACCUGGCUAAAUCCCAUUCUCUACUUGGGAAAGAAAUCAAAAUAUUAAAGGAACUCAAGGAUGAGAAUAUAGUCAGACUACUAGACUAUCAGGAAAUAGGUGGUUGUGUGUAUCUCGUCAUGGAGUAUUGCAAUGGAGGUGACCUGGCUGAGUACCUUCAAUCUAAGGGGACGUUAAGCGAGGAUACAAUCCGAGUUUUCUUUCAGCAGAUUGCUCAGGCCAUGAAGGUUCUACAGAGCAAAGGCAUCCUGCACAGAGACCUGAAACCCCAGAACAUCUUGCUCUGCCACCCGAAGGGCAGGAGGUCCAGUUCCAUUAACACGAGCGUUAAGAUAGCUGAUUUUGGCUUUGCGCGUUAUCUUCAGACAAACACUAUGGCAGCAACACUGUGUGGCUCACCCAUGUACAUGGCCCCCGAGGUUAUCAUGUCCCACAGUUAUGAUGCCAAAGCUGAUCUGUGGAGCAUAGGCACCAUUAUCUACCAGUGUCUAACUGGGAAGGCACCAUUUCAUGCAAACACACCACAGGAGCUCCGCCUCUUCUAUGAAUGCAACAGGACCCUUGUACCAAGCAUCCCAAAGGAGACUUCAAGUAACCUCAGACAGCUACUGUUGGGACUUCUUCAGAGAAACCACAAGGAUAGGAUCAGCUUUGAUGAGUUUUUCUAUCAUCCUUUCCUGGAGACUAGCUCAGCCUCUAGAAAAUGCUCUCCAACACCGAUGCGCUUCUAUCCUAGUUCUGCCUCAGGGAGCUCUUCUAGCAGCUCCUCCACAUCCCAUCCAGCCUCUCCUCAGCUUUCCAAUGAAGAGAAAUAUCGCCAUCAGGCCAAAUUGAAAAACUCUCCUGUGUCAGACACCGUUGUCUUCCAUUCGAAAGAACUAACCAGAAGAGGAAGCAGGGACAGUUUGUCUUUUCCAGAAGACUAUGUUAUGGUACAUCCUGAGUCUCCCGGUGAGUACACGUGUGAGGAGGACAGUGCAUCGCCCAUUGAAAGUUGCCUGAUAUACACUGGGAGAAGCCCACCUAGAACAGAGAGAGAUCUUGAAUCAAUUGGCAGGACAUCUCCCUGCUCUCCUUUGCUUCAGUGUCACUCCAAGCCUCCUGGGAAGCCUGCUGUGUCUGACCGCAGCCAUUCAGAGCCUAUUCCAGUCCCAACUCAGAUCCAUAACUACCGGCGAAUGGAGCAGAAUCUGCAACCUUCAGGCUCACAAGACUCCACCAGGGGCCGACUCUGUUAUGCUGGCUCGAGUGAAUGUUCCUCACGACGCGGAUCUAAUGAUUCCUGUCCUGUCCCAUACUCCUCAAGUCCAACUAGCAGAGGGGCCCAGGCACCUCAGUCCUCGCCUCGUGUGGGAAGUACCCCAAGGACUUCAGAUCAGACUCUACCUAUUAGUACAAGAACUGGAUGGCCCAUGGAGUCCCCUGACAAGAUGGAGAGUCCCAGCAACAAGGAUAAUUCAUGCAGGACCAUGUCAGACGCGCAGAGUCCAACUCUUGCAACAGCUUCCCGCACCAACCAUGGCAAUAAAUCCUCCAACAAAAAUGGGCAAUUUAAAAGAUCACAGAACAUUGGCAGACUGUCUGGCAUUUUGCUUAAAGCUGCAUUUGGAGCUCAACUUCUUGAACCGAGAAGUAAUGAAAGUCUCUGCUAUGAAAAGACCAUGGAUAUCGCAGCACCACUUACUGGCUGUCACGCAGUACUUGCUUCAUCGGGGAGCUCACCAACUGCAGUCUUCUCCUUGGGUUCUCCUGCUAUUGGAAACACUCCUCCUGACACUAUGUUCCCAAGGAUGCUGUCAGGCUCACCCAACUGCAUUACCACAGCCUUGUUGCUCAACAGUCCCCUUCGUUAUCAAAGAAGCUGUAAAAGCAAUGAGACUGAAUCUAUGGAUGUUACUCCGCACUGCAGUUUGGCCUUUCAUCCUCCUGAGCUCCCCGAAGAUACAUUGAUGGAGCAGGUCCAUACAGAUGCCCUGGGUGACCUCCAGUUCAUAUUGGCUUUUGUGCACUGUAUCAUGGAAUUGGCUUCUUCGAAGGACCCGGUUCUGGAUGCCAUUAGCAGCCCCGAGGUUUCCUUUCUAGAACACAGUCUGUUGACAGACCAAAUCAGCCUCUUAAGUCGAGACUGGAGCUGUGCAGAACAGUUACUGUUGUAUAUGAAAGCAGUAGAGACUCUGUCCGCGGCUCUGCAUAAUGCCAAAGAAAAUAUUCAGCAAGGUCGACUGCUUCCUUCAUCCACAGUCAAACAAGUGAUCAAGAAGUUGAAUGAGUUGUACAAGAGCUGCAUUGCAUGCUGUCGCUCCAUGAGUGAUCGGCUGCAAACAUUUUUGACGGACAAGCAGAAGCUAAUGGAUCGCUUCAAUGGACUCACAGCAGAGAAGCUCAUCUAUUGCCACACUGUGCAGAUGGUACAAUCUGCAGCUUUAGAUGAGAUGUUCCAUUGUAAUAUAGAAGUAGUCCAGCGAUACCAUAAAGCUCUUCUGCUUCUGGAGGGUUUGUCCCGAUUCAUCACGGAGGAAAAGGACAUUGACAAUAUUGAACGAUGCAAGCAGUGUAUCGAACGACGCAUCUCUGCUCUGCAAACAUAGCAGUGCCAGUGUUGUAGUACUGCCUUCACAGAACCCGUGUUGUCAUUCCUCAUUCACCUCAUUGCAAUGUAGAGGAUAGAUUCUCCCGUUGACAUCCACGAGCACUUUUAUUUUUUUCAAGGGAAUGACCACUGGAGUGCCUGCUCCAAGCACACAGUCCAGCAUCUAAAAUCUUGACAUGUGCACACAAGACUGGACUUUCUUGAAUCUGAUCUUGAAGUGAGAAUUUGUAACAAUGAUUUGUUUGAUGAGACCGAUGCUACGCUCAUUACUUGUUACGUAUCUUUUGUUUAUGUGUGUUUUGCACAUAGAUUUGUCUGAUUUUAGGUCAUACUUGAAACUAAAGUUAUGAUUUGGGGUGUUUACUCUAAAGUUAACUGACAGACAGGAGUGGAAAAAUGCUGAAUGACCAACUAUUAUAACGGUGCCUUGUUCAAGUGGGAUUGUCACCUGAUGUGUCUGAUAACAUUUAGAACAAUUUUAAUUGAAAAUGAGAAUGAUACAUUGUUACUUUUAUUGUUAUGCAAGUGGUAAUGUUAUGUUUAGAUUUGGUGCAUGGCACAUAUUUUUGUAUGUGUAAAUUUUCAUUAGAGUUUGACUUUAUAGAUGUACGUACUGUGUAGAAAAAUACUUUGCUGAUAAGUUAAUGUAGUGGUGUAUGAUUCUUGUGCAAAACGUGUGAAGAAUAAAGACGCAUUUGAGUUGUUUUAUA